GCAGGGGGAGGGGGCGCGGUGGAGCGCGAGGCUGGCGUCGGGCCGCCGGCGGCCGGGCGGGAUUAAGUUUCUCGGUCGAGCGGGAGCGUCAGUGCGCGUUCUUCCCGAAGCUCCUCGCCGGGACGUUACUUCAGGACAGAAGAGAGCAAGCGUGGGCGAGGCGAGGAGAGGCUCCCAGUGUCCCCGGCGACCCCAGCUCCACAGCCCUCCGUUCCUUUCGCGUUCCCGCCGGGGGCGGCCGCUGCGAGCAGGAGUUCCUUAUAGUUGCUGUUUAUAAUCAUUGUAGAGAAGGACACUGAACUUGGGAAAAAUGUUAGAAACUAUAGACAAAAAUCGGGCCCUGCAGGCUGCAGAGCGCUUGCAGGCCAAGCUGCGGGAGCGCGGGGAUGUAGCAAACGAAGACAAACUGAACCUUCUCAAGUCAGUGUUGCAGAGCCCACUCUUCAGCCAGAUUCUGAACCUGCAAACUUCUGUACAGCAGCUGAAAGACCAGGUAAACAUUGCAACUCCCACAAUUUCAAAUGUUGAAUGUGCCCACAUUCCACAUCUCAGCCCAGCUGUAAUUCCUACUCUGCAAAAUGAAUCAUUUUUAUUAUCCCCAAAUAAUGGGAAUCUGGAAGUUCUUACAGGAUUGGGUACUGCACACAUCAAUGGGAAACCUGCUUGUGAUGAAUUUGAUCAACUGAUCAAAAAUAUGGCCCAGGGUCGCCAAAUAGAAGUUUUUGAGCUCCUCAAACCUCCAUGUGGAGGCCUUGGGUUCAGUGUUGUGGGACUGAGGAGUGAAAACCGGGGAGAACUGGGGAUAUUUGUGCAGGAGAUCCAGGAGGGCAGUGUGGCCCACAGAGAUGGAAGAUUGAAGGAAACUGAUCAGAUCCUUGCUAUUAACGGACAGGCACUUGAUCAGACAAUUACACAUCAGCAGGCCAUCAGCAUCCUGCAGAAAGCCAAAGAUACUGUCAAGCUGGUUAUUGCCAGAGGCUCAUUGCCUCAGCUAAUCAGCCCCAUAGUUUCCCGUUCUCCAUCUGCGGCCAGCACAAUUUCAGCUCACUCUAAUCCAGUUCACUGGCAGCACGUGGAGACUAUUGAAUUGGUAAAUGAUGGCUCUGGUCUGGGAUUUGGCAUCGUAGGAGGAAAAGCAACUGGCGUGAUCGUGAAAACCAUCCUGCCUGGAGGAGUAGCUGAUCAGCAUGGGCGAUUAUGCAGUGGAGACCACAUUCUGAAGAUUGGUGACACAGAUCUAGCUGGAAUGAGCAGUGAGCAAGUAGCCCAGGUCCUCAGACAGUGUGGAAAUAGAGUCAAAUUGAUGAUUGCAAGAGGUGCCAUGGAAGAACCAAUGGUUCCCACCUCUUUGGGCAUCACGCUGAACUCAUCCCCAUCUUCUACACCAGAGAGGCGGGUUGAUGCUUCUACUCAGAAAAGUGAAGAAAAUGAGACAUUUGAUGUAGAACUCACUAAAAAUGUCCAAGGAUUAGGAAUUACCAUUGCUGGUUACAUUGGAGAUAAAAAAUUAGAACCUUCAGGAAUCUUUGUAAAGAGCAUUACAAAGAGCAGUGCUGUUGAACAUGAUGGAAGAAUCCAAAUUGGAGACCAAAUUAUAGCAGUAGAUGGCACAAACCUUCAGGGUUUUACCAAUCAACAAGCAGUAGAGGUGUUGCGACACACAGGACAGACUGUUCACCUGACAUUAAUGAGGAGAGGAGCAAAGCAGGAUGCUGAGCUCGUGUCACGGGAGGACAUCACAAAAGAUGCAGUUUUGUCUCCUGUUAAUGCAAGUGUAAGCAAAGAAAAUUAUGAAGAAGAUGAAGAUUCUUUAUCUUUGAGGAGAAACACCAGCAUAUUACCAAUUGGAGAAGAAGGGUAUCCAUUACUGUCAGCUGGGAGAGAAGAUAUAGAAGAUGCUCAACAACAGGAAGCUGCCCUGCUGACCAAGUGGCAAAGGAUUAUGGGCAUUAAUUAUGAAAUAGUGGUGGCCCAUGUGAGCAAGUUCAGUGAGAACAGUGGGUUAGGGAUAAGUCUGGAAGCAACAGUGGGCCAUCAUUUUAUCCGAUCUGUUCUACCGGAAGGUCCUGUUGGACACAGUGGGAAGCUUUUCAGUGGAGAUGAGCUAUUGGAAGUGAACGGCAUAACUCUACUUGGGGAGAAUCACCAGGAUGUGGUGACUAUUUUAAAAGAACUGCCUAUAGAGGUGACAAUGGUGUGCUGUCGUCGAACGGUGCCACCCACCACCCCGUCAGAGUUGGAGAGCCUGGACUUAUGUGACAUUGAACUAACAGAAAAGCCUCAUAUAGAUCUAGGUGAGUUUAUCGGGUCCUCGGAGACAGAGGAUCCUGUGCUGGUGAUGACCGAUGUGGGUCAGAAUGCAGAGGAGGUUCAAGGACCUUUGGCCAUGUGGGAAGCCGACGUUCAGAACAUAGAGCUGGAGAAGGGGAGCAGAGGACUUGGUUUUAGCAUUUUAGAUUAUCAGGAUCCAGUUGAUCCAGCAAGCACUGUGAUCGUAAUUCGUUCUCUGGUGCCCGCUGGUGUUGCUGAAAAGGAUGGACGACUUCUCCCUGGAGAUCGACUCAUGUUUGUCAAUGAUGUUAACUUGGAAAACAGCAGUCUCGAAGAAGCUGUCCAGGCACUGAAGGGUGCACCGUCAGGAACCGUGAGAAUAGGAGUUGCCAAGCCUUUACCCCUUUCACCAGAAGAGGGUUAUGUUUCUGCUAAGGAGGAUUCCUUUCUCUACCCACCACAUUCCUGCGAGGAGGAAGGGCUGGCUGACAAAGCCCUCUUCAGGGCUGACUUGGCUCUGGUGGACACAAAUGAUGCUGACUUAGCAGAUGAAUCUGCCUUUGAGUCUCAGUACUCUCCUGAUGACAGUAUCUACUCGACUCAAGCCUCUAUUUUAUCUCUUCACGGCAGUGCUUGUAGUGAUAAUCUGAAUUUUGGUCCCUCCCUUCCAUCUUCUCCUCCCAAGGAUGUUACUGAAAAUUCCUCAGAUCCAGUACUUGACUUGCAUAUGUCCUUGGAGGAGCUAUACGCCCAGAAUCUCCUGCAAAGACGGGACGAGAGUCCGCCUUCUGUGGACUUGAGCAUGGGGACUGCUUCUGGCUUUACCAUAAAUGAUUAUACACCUGCCAAUGCUAUUGAACAACAGUACGGAUGUGACAACACAAGAGUGUGGACUGAACCUCACCGACCAAAUGAAGUUAUAUCAAGUGCAGAACUGAGUUCUGUGCUGACUGAUUCAGCUGGAAAGGGCUCCAAGUUCUUAAUUCAACAGGGGUCCCUGGCCUCUGGUGCUGAGUGUGUCAUGCUCCAAACGAUAUCCAAAGAAUCUUUCGAGAGGACUAUUACGAUAGCAAAAGGCAAUUCUAGCCUGGGAAUGACAGUAAGUGCUAAUAAAGAUGGCUUGGGGAUGAUUGUUCGAAGCAUUAUUCAUGGAGGUGCCAUUAGUCGAGAUGGUCGGAUUGCUGUUGGUGACUGCAUCUUGUCUAUUAAUGAAGAAUCUACUAUCAGUUUAACCAAUACCCAGGCACGAGCCAUGUUGAGAAGACAUUCUCUCAUUGGGCCAGACAUAAAAUUCUCUGCAGCACCUGCUGACGAUCGAGCCCCCUUUUAUGUAAUUACUUAUGUGCCUGCAGAACAUUUAGAAGAGUUCAAAAUAAGUUUGGGACAACAAUCUGGAGGAAUAAUGGCACUGGAUAUUUUUUCUUCCUACACUGGCAGAGACAUUCCAGAGCUACCAGAGAGAGAAGAAGGAGAGGGGGAAGAAAGUGAACUUCAAAAUGCAACAUACAGCAGCUGGAAUCAAUCCAGGCGGGUUGAACUUUGGCGAGAACCAAGCAAAUCCUUGGGCAUCAGCAUUGUUGGUGGACGAGGGAUGGGGAGUCGUCUGAGCAACGGUGAAGUGAUGAGGGGCAUUUUCAUCAAACAUGUUCUUGAAGAUAGUCCAGCUGGCAAAAAUGGAACCUUGAAACCUGGAGAUAGAAUAGUAGAGGUGGAUGGCAUGGACCUCAGAGAUGCAAGCCAUGAACAAGCUGUGGAAGCCAUUCGGAAAGCAGGCAACCCUGUAGUCUUUAUGGUACAGAGCAUUAUAAACAGACCAAGGAAAUCCCCUUUGCCUUCCUUGCCGCACAACCUUUACCCUAAGUACAAGUUCAGCAGCACUAACCCAUUUGCUGAUUCUCUACAGUUCAACGCUGACAAGGCAUUACAGAAUUCAAGUAGAGUUCUCUUCCGUUGUUCCCCAACUAACCCUUUUGCUCCCACACCAUUUAAGGCUCCCAGUCAGUCAGAAUCUGAGCCAGAAAAGGCUCCGCUGUGCAGUGUGCCUCCGCCCCCUCCUCCAGCAUUUGCAGAAAUGAGCGAGGAUCAUGCACAGUCAUCAGCAAGUGAAAUCUCAAUAGAUGUGGACAAAGAGGAUGAGUUUGGUUACAGCUGGAAAAAUAUCAGAGAGCGUUAUGGAACCCUAACAGGCGAGCUACAUAUGAUUGAACUGGAGAAGGGUCGUAGUGGUUUGGGUCUGAGUCUUGCUGGGAACAAAGACCGGUCCAGGAUGAGUGUUUUUAUAGUGGGGAUUGAUCCAAAUGGAGCAGCUGGGAAAGAUGGUCGAUUGCAGAUUGCAGAUGAGCUUCUAGAGAUCAAUGGUCAAAUUUUAUAUGGAAGAAGUCAUCAGAAUGCUUCAUCAAUCAUCAAAUGUGCCCCUUCUAAAGUAAAAAUCAUUUUUAUCAGAAGUAAAGAUGCAGUGAGUCAGAUGGCCGUAUGUCCUGGGCAUACAGUGGAACCUUUGCCUGCUACCUCAGAGAAUCUUCAAAAUAAGGAGGCUGAACCGAGUGUUACUACUUCCGAUGCAGCUGUGGACCUCAGUUCAUUUCCAAACGUGCAACAUCUGGAGCUUCCCAAGGAUCAGGGGGGUUUGGGCAUUGCCAUCAGUGAAGAAGAUACACUCAGCGGGGUCAUCAUAAAGAGUCUCACAGAGCACGGUGCAGCAGCCAGGGAUGGACGGCUCAAAGUUGGAGAUCAGAUCUUGGCUGUAGAUGAUGAAGUUGUUGUUGGCUAUACUGUUGAAAAGUUUAUUAGCCUUUUGAAGACAGCGAAGACAACAGUGAAACUGACCAUUCGUGCUGAGAAUCCAGAUUCCCAGGCUGUUGCUUCAGCAACUGGUACAGCCAAUGGAGAAAAAAAGAGCAGCCCCCAGUCUCUGAUGAUCCCACCGUCUGGCUCCCCGGAACCAGAGCCUAUCCGAAGUACAAGCAGGUCAUCAACACCAGCAGUCUUUGCUUCUGAUCCUGCAACCUGCCCCAUCAUCCCAGGCUGUGAAACAACAAUUGAGAUUUCCAAAGGGCGGACAGGGCUGGGCCUGAGCAUCGUUGGGGGGUCCGACACACUGCUGGGUGCCAUUAUUAUCCAUGAAGUUUACGAAGAAGGAGCAGCAUGUAAAGAUGGAAGACUCUGGGCUGGAGAUCAGAUUUUAGAGGUGAAUGGAAUUGACUUGAGAAAGGCCACACAUGAUGAAGCAAUAAAUGUGCUGAGACAAACACCACAAAGGGUGCGCCUGACGCUCUACAGAGAUGAGGCCCCGUACAAAGAGGAAGAUGUGUACGACACCCUCACCAUUGAGCUGCAAAAGAAGCCGGGCAAAGGCUUGGGGUUGAGUAUUGUUGGUAAAAGAAAUGAUACUGGAGUAUUUGUGUCUGACAUUGUGAAAGGAGGAAUUGCAGAUGCUGACGGAAGACUGAUGCAGGGAGACCAGAUACUAAUGGUGAAUGGAGAAGACGUCCGUAACGCCACCCAGGAAGCCGUCGCAGCUCUGCUAAAGUGUUCCCUAGGCACAGUAACCUUGGAAGUUGGAAGAGUCAAAGCUGGCCCAUUCCAUUCGGAGAGGAGACCUUCUCAAAGCAGUCAGAUGAGUGAAGGGAGCCUGUCAUCAUUCACUUUUCCACUUUCGGGAUCCAGUACAUCUGAGUCACUGGAAAGCAGCUCAAAGAAGAAUGCAUUGGCAUCUGAAAUACAGGGAUUAAGAGCAGUUGAAAUUAAAAAGGGACCCACUGACUCACUGGGGAUCAGCAUUGCUGGAGGAGUGGGCAGCCCGCUUGGUGAUGUUCCUAUAUUUAUUGCAAUGAUGCACCCGAAUGGAGUUGCAGCUCAGACCCAGAAACUCAGAGUUGGGGAUAGGAUCGUCACUAUCUGUGGCACAUCCACUGAGGGGAUGACUCACACCCAGGCAGUUAACUUUCUGAAAAAUGCCUCUGGCUCCAUUGAAAUGCAGGUGGUUGCUGGAGGAGAUGUGAGUGUGGUCACAGGUCAUCAGCAGGAGCCUGCCAGUUCUAGUCUUUCUUUCACUGGGCUGACGUCUAGCAGUAUAUUUCACGAUGAUUUAGGACCUCCUCAGUGUAAGUCUAUUACACUAGACCGAGGACCAGAUGGGUUGGGCUUCAGUAUAGUAGGAGGAUAUGGCAGCCCUCACGGAGACUUACCCAUUUAUGUUAAAACAGUGUUUGCGAAGGGAGCAGCCUCUGAAGAUGGGCGUCUCAAGAGGGGUGAUCAGAUCAUUGCGGUCAAUGGGCAGAGUCUAGAAGGGGUAACACAUGAAGAAGCCGUUGCCAUCCUUAAGCGGACAAAAGGCACCGUCACUUUGAUGGUUCUCUCCUGAAUUAGCUGCCAGAAUUGAGCCAACUCAACUUCUCACGUACAUCCCAUGCUACAAAGAGAGAGGAACUGGUCCUGUGGACUCCUCCUGGGCUGUGUUCAUCCGGCUCUUCAAAACUGUAGGAAAAAAAUCUCAUGUAAAUUUGUUUUUCUCAUAUGGAAAUGAUUUUCUUACAACCUAGCAUCACUUUCCCUUUCUCUUUGCAUUUUGUGAUGGAAACUCAAAGAGAAGGGCUCUUUGCAUAGAUAAAUCCAGUCUUUCUUCCUGAAGAUAUCUGACAUUUUAUAAUCAUGUGGGCAGAAAUUAAUAUGAACUCAACUGGUUAGUAGAGAAAGGAAAAAAAUCAUUUGAAAGCUAACCAAGGGGUAAUGGUCUCAUGAAAUUAAGGUGAAAAUUGAAAAUAUAAAAUAAAGAAGAAAAUCUCAAGUUUUAUACAAAUGCAUUGUUAAUCCACCUUCUCUCCCCACUUCUAACUAAAAAAGAAAAAACUACUGAAAAUGUUUAAAAAUACUUUCAGUAUUUUAAAAUGUUGAAAAUUAUUAAAACAUUGCAACUCCCAGCUCUAUUAAGCACAUAUAUAGUUUUUUCCUAAAAUGGGCUUCAAGAUUGGGUAAAUAACAACAGGAAGCAAUGUUCCUAAGUUUGUAAAGAAACCACUUAUUGCACAUCUUGAUUUUCAUUUUUGACCUAUUAUACAGUAUUUUCACAUUUCUAUAAGUAAAAUGAUGACGCUGCCCUGCAUUGACUGCGGUUUCUCUAGAAAGCAGCCUUGCUAACCAUGCCAGAAGCAUAGGAGUCUCUCUGAAUUGUUAGUGCUGGUUUUAAGGGAUGCAGCACUGAAACUGUGUCAGUGUGCUGUGCAGUUGGUUUUCAAUUAGUAUUAAUCUUAAUGACGGAGAAAAAGCAAUGCAUUAGUAAUUAUUUUGGUAGUAUGCCAUUAGUAAAUUGAUAGAAAAAUUAAGAGGAUUAACAUAAGUUCAUUUCAUUGCCUUAUAUUAACAUCUUAUAAUACAAUAGUUUAAGACUAAGGGAAACAGAUGGAGCUGUUUAUUGAGACAACUGGUGAGGAAUUAUCAUGUGUUCAUUCCCAUUUUAGAGCGUGAAACUCCUACAUUAGAAUAUAUAAAGUCACUUUAAAUAUUAUCUAUAUUUGUAACAAAAGUAGUGUACAGAUAUUUUAUUACAGUGCUUUUGUGUAAAUGCGGAAUUGAAGUGAAUAAAUAAGAAGUUUCAUGGUGCACAAAAA